AUGGGUAAUUCUCAGCAGGAGAUGGCGGCGCGGCGGGAGUUGGAGGAGACGGUGGCGCGGGUGGUGGGCUCCGAUGGGCACAACUGGCUCAAGUACGGCCAGAAGCAAGUGCAGCGCUCCAACGCCACCAGGUGCUACUACAAGUGCAGUCGUGCCAAGGGCAAUCAGCGCUGCCCAGCCAAGAAGACCAAGCAGCAGCAGCAGCAGCCUGAGGCGGAAUGGGCAAGCAUGUGGGACCCCAUCGCAUGGCCCGGUACAUCCCCGGGCAUGGAGGCUCACGUGGAGGAGGGUCGUGCGGGCAUGUGUCACUCGCUCGCAUCGCCAAGCACACUCCAGAGCGCGGAGAAACACGCAGAGGAUUAUGAGGCAGUGAUCUUGCGCCGUGAUUCGCUGGAGCCCUCUCUGGUCUCCCCGCUCCUGUUUCCCCUCGAUUCCCCCCUUGAAUCCCUGCUCCAUUCCCCCCUCACUUCCCCCCUCACUUCCCCCCUCGGCUCUCCCCUCGACUCUCCCUUCGACUCCCCGCUUGAGUCGAUGGGAAACACGCUCAGUGCCUUGGGCUCGCAGGCAGCAGGAGCAGAGGGAAGCGCUUGCUUGACCCGGGAGGAUGAGCUUAUGUAUGAGCUGGGAGUGGUAACCACGGGUGUAACACCGAGUGGGUGUAACCGGGGAGUUAUAGCUCGCAGUGAGCAUCAUUCGGGAGUUGUAGCAUCGAUUGAAAUCGGCGGUGAUGUCGAUUAUGGUGUCAACCCUGGUGUCAACCUUGGUGUCGAUCCUGGUGUCACUGAGUAUGAUUGUCACACAUUGCUGAUUCGUUCUGCUAGUCUCCUCUCUCAGCUGAUACAAGAUCGAGAGAGGCAAAAGCAACAGCAGCAGAAACGUCAUAUGCAGAAUCAGCAGCAGCAGCAGCAGCAGGAGCAGCAGCAGCAGCAGCAGCAGCAGCAGCAGCAGCAGCAGCAGCAGCAGCAGCAGCAGCAGCAGCAGAGAAGACAGGCGCAGCAAGAGCAGCUGUCAUCAAUGCAGCAGGAAGAGCAGCAGCUAAACACGAUCCUGCUCGCUCUCUCAAACGCCAUGCCACACAGCACACAUGCCAAGCGACCUGCCUCGGCCAUGGCUGCGCCUGCUGCUCUGCCUGCUGUACCGACCACGGGUAGUGAGGCUCGCCAAAACUCUGCCAUGGCUGCGCCUGCUGCUCUGCCUGUCCCAUCCACUCCUGUCUCUAGGCCCUGCAUGCAUUACUUUCCUGACACAGCUACUGAGGCUUGUCAAAACUCUACCAUGGCUGCGCCUGCUGCUCUGCCUGCCCUCCACGCUCCCGCCUCUCGUCCCUGCAUGCAUCACGCUCUUGCCACGGCUACUGAGGCGCGACAAAACUCUGCCAUGGCUGCAUCUGCUGCUCUGCCUGUCCCCUGCACCCCUGCGUCGUGGCACGGGGCACAUCACACUCUCAGCGCGGCCACUGAUACCUUUCUGCCCCCCCCUGAUUCGAGCACUGCGGACUGUGGUGUGGAUGGGGGUGUGAUGGAGCGAGCAUGGAGUGUGAGCAUGGUGGUGGAGGGGGCUGAAACACCCACACGCGGCAGCAGCAGCAUGGGGGCGCUGAACAAAAAGGGGGUUCGGGCUUUUCGGAGGUUUGCUACAUGCAGUAGCAGCAUCCGGGAGAAGAAGAAUCAGCUGGUUGCUAGGGCUAUCAAGAGUCAUGUGGCAGCACGUAGUGGCAGUGGCAGCGGCAGCAUCAGCGGCAACACGUUUGGUCAUGGGAGGGCGAGUGAGACUGGUGGUGGCGUUGUGACGUGCAAUAGUCAACAACUCUCCUCUGAGUCCCUCUUGCCCCAUCUGACUGCUGUUGCUGCAUCAUGCAAGCGCCAGCAGCUCAUGGCGCCGCAGCCACACGAGUCGUGUGGGGUUGAGCCGAAGGCAUGUGGGGAUGAGCUGAAGGUGUAUGGUGGGGGCAAGGUGAGGGCGUGUGGGGGUAAGCUGCGGGCAUGUGGCGCAAUGUGGGAUGCGCAGCAACGCAUCAGCUCACACUGUAGUGAUACAAGGCUCAACAGCAUUCCUGAUUCAUUGUAUGAAGCACCAUCGGGUUAUCACGACGCGUUUGCCUUAUCAGUUCAGCAGAGACUGAUUCGGCUCUCGGGCCAGCAGGGGUUCUCCAGCCCACCGCUGCAGCAGGAAGUGUUUGGGCCGUUGAUCCCUGAAGCAGUGUUUGCGUUCCUGGGAGGGGCCAACACCUCGCGGGUUUCGGACUUUGCAGCCGUUGGUGUGCGGAGAAAGCUCCAGUCGUGGCUCAAGGGUGCAGGUUAG